CGAAUUUGCCACCGACGAGCGACAUCAUGAUGCUGUGCCCCUCGAACGAGUCGAUGCCGCGGUACUCGAUUGCCUUCCAAGAGCCGACAGCCACCAAGUUUUCGUCGCGGUACGCUGACUACCACGAGGAGUGCAUCACCGAGUACUACCGCCAAGAGUGCCUCCUCGCCUUCUAUCGGCUUCAAAACACCACCGAGCGCCCGCGGAAGAAGCGCAAGCGCCGCUGCGUCACGUUUGCUGACGUUCCCGAGAUUGUCGGCGUUGCUGACGCGUCCGUGGACCGCGACCCUGUCCCGACCGCGCGCAUCUCGCGGGACGAGAUGAAGCAACUGCUCGACGAGCGGGUGUUUCCGUCGUCCGCCAAGCGGCCGCGCACGACGAUGCUGUACCAUUAAACGACCCCGUACAUUAGAAGCCCAUACUGUUAGGAAAUAUUACUAUUAUAGUCCUCGACGACAACAAUAUACACCAUUAGUUUAGCAAA